AUGACUACGGCAGCGAUAUUCGGCUCUACAGGAGCAGUUGGCUCCCAGAUCUUGGCUACAAUCCUUGCGAUAGACGCAUGUUCAACAGUGAAGACGAUCUCCAGGAGACUCCAGAAUGUGCAGUCAGCUAAACUCGAAGCGCUCGAUGAGAGCGACUCCUCAAAACGGGGUGGAAUGAUCUCGUCUCUGUCGCCCAGGCCAUCAGUGGUUUUCAACGCGGUUGGUACCACGAGAGCGUCAGCAGGCAGCGUCACGAAUCAGUGGAAGAUCGAUCAUGAUUUGUGUGUUGAGAACGCGCAAGCAGCAAAGGAGGCAGGCGUGAAGACGUACAUUUAA